AACAACGUAACAGACUGAAGCCAGAACAUGUUGCAAAGUUGGCAAAAAUAGGAUGGUAUAUAAAUCAAACUAAUAAAAACAAACAAAAACAAGAUUCCAAAAAAAAAUUUGAUGAGCCAAUAGUAAUGGAUGAUUGUAAUAAUGAUAUACAGGAAAGCAUAGAUGAAGAUCAAAUUGUAAAUGAAUUGUAUAAUGAAUUUCAAAAUGAUUCUACAUUUUUAAUUGAUGAUGUAUAUACUGUAGAUAAUGGAGAAGAUGAGGUUCCCAAGUUAACAGAAAUUUUUAAUUUUGAGUUAGUUGAGAAAUCAUUAAAAGAUGGUAUCCAAACAAUUAUAGGACCAAUGUAUUAA